AUGUUAGUAUUGGUAAUUGGCGAUUUUCAUAUUCCACAUCGAAGUCAUAACAUCCCACUAAAAUUUCGUAAACUUCUUGUACCAAAUAAGAUGCAACAUGUUAUUUGCACAGGGAAUCUAUGUACAAAAGAAACUCUUGACUACCUCAAAUCGCUGGCCUCGGAUGUACAUGUGGUUCGGGGCGACUUUGAUGACUUCUCUGCGAAUUAUCCAGAUACUAAAGUUAUAACGGUUGGACAAUUUAGAAUUGGUUUGUGUCACGGUCAUCAGAUUAUACCAUGGGGCGACCACAAGAGAAUCGACCUUCUUGCAAGACAGCUGGAUGUUGAUGUCAUGGUUACAGGCAACAGUUAUGAAUGCAAAACUUUCCAAAUGGAAGAUAGAUUCUUUGUUUGUCCUGGUUCUGCUACUGGUGCUUUUUCUCCCAUAAAAAGGGAUGUAAUACCGUCAUUUGCUUUAUUGGAUGUCCAGGGUGGUAAUAUUGUGACAUAUAUUUAUCGGUUGGUAGAUGAUCAGGUUAAAGUGGAAAGGGUUCAGUUUGUCAAACCAAGCAAAAAUUAA